AUUUUUGUAGUCUUGACGGUCAUCUGAUGAGUUGUGGACAUCGCAGUCGCGGAGCAACCAUCAGUCCCGAGUCACCUCCAGACAAGUCAUACUUCGCCAUCGACGCUGUAAAAGGACUCCUUCAAGCCGUUCAACAGGGUGUAUCUAGUUCUCCAAAACAAGAAGACAAAGAACCAAUUUUGUGGGUGAAAUUUGAAGCGUUUCACACAUCUGAUAAACACAGUGACCAUUCGUCACCUUUCCUGCUGUUUGUUGGAUAUCUCAAUAGCUUGCAGAUAUGGACUAUUGAUACGGUGCACAGUGGACUGGCCAGUGAGGUUUUGUCUCUUCAGGAGCACGAAGUGAAACUUGCUUCUCUUGUGAGAAAUCCUCGACAAGAUGACAUUGAUAAGUAUGGUGACAGGAGGCCUCUUAUAGCAAUAUGCCCAUGUAUCAGUCCUAAGAGGCGCAGGAGUUUAACAGUUAGUGGUGUAGUCUCAUUUUACUCACUUCGUCGGGGCAAUAAGGUCGAAGACCUUGUAUUUCAUGAUGAAGUCUUGUCUCUGUCUUCAAAUCCCAGGGUCCUAGUAGUGACUCUGCCCAAAGAGAUUCAUGUGUUUGAAUCAGGGUCACUGCAGAGAAGGGUCUUGGUGUCAAAAUGUUAUCCAUCACCGAUAUCUGGAGUGCAGCCUGUUGCACUUGGAUCAAGAUGGCUUGCAUAUGCUGACCGAAAGUUGACGUUUCAUUAUCAGUCUCAUGGCGGAGUUGCCAGUGAUGUAGCAGUGUCUUAUGCUGCAUCUGUGUUCAGUGCAGCAUCACAAGGUAUUUCAUAUAUUACUGAACAGAUGGGAAGACUGACUGGUGGAUUUAGUCCUCCCAGAGAAGCUAUGGACAAGACAGCAGUGCCUCAAAAACAUUCAGAUUCCAUUGUUCCUGGAAUAGUGUCUGUUGUUGAUAUUCAGAGAGUCGGUGAGAAGUUUAGUGUUGAGAAGCACAACGAUGGUGAAGCUAUCGUUUCUCAUUUUGAAGCUCACAGAGGACAGCCAAUCCAGGCAAUGUCAUUUGAUCCAAGUGGCCAGCUUAUCAUCACGGCCUGCAAGUUGGGACAUGAUUUCUACGUCUUUCGUCUUUUGCCACAUCCUACCUGUCCAUCACUUGGAUCUGUUCAUCAUCUUUACAUUCUCCACAGAGGAGAGACAACAGCAAUAGUUCAAAAUAUUGCUUUUACGUUUGACAGUCGUUGGGUGGCUGUUUCGUCUUUGCGUGGUACAACACACGUCUUUCCCAUUACUUCUUACGGAGGUCCAAUCAGCAAACGAACACACACGGGAGUGAGAGUUGUCAAUAGGUUGAGUCGAUACCACACAAGUGCUGGGCUAACAGAGAAUACAUCUACUCAUGAACCUUCUGUCUCCCUUUCUCAGUUGUCUCAGUCUUCAGCAGCAGCCGCUAAUUCCAACAUUUUUCUAAACGAAAAUCCUUUACCAAAACCUAUAACUGUUACGGCUUUGGCUAAGAUUUACUGUCAUCCCACUACCUCUACAUCUACAGUGUCAGGUGGGUCACAAGACUCUAGCACGUCGUCGACGUUGGCUACUAUUGCUAGCAGCACAGCCGGACUGAUUUACUCUAGGGAGUCUAUGCGUGUUGCUGCUACGUUUGCUUGCAGUGUGAAGCGGCAUAGACGGUCUACCACUGAGGCAGCAAGUCCUCGGAAGCAGGUUCAGUCUCCAGUUGAUUCACUGUUUUGUAUUGGCCCUGAUGGCAUUUUGAUGGAAUAUCACCUUGAGCCAAUGGUUGAGAAAAACUCUCCAGAUGUCCCUUCUAGUCCAAUAGAACUGGAUUGCCAGUUGGUGCAACAGUGGCAACUACAGAGGCCAAAGAACUCACUUCCACUACCAAUCUUGCUACCUCCAGACAGUCCUCUUCUGCUUGCUUGUCAAAGUGCUGAUUUGACUGCUCCAGCUGUACAAGUUGCUGAACCCAAAGACGACUCACAGAACACAAAGUGGUUGGCCAAUAUAGAGAUUUACACUCAUGAACCUCCAGCACGCCGCCUAUGGAUGGGUCCUCAGUUCAACUUUAAAACGUAUAGAACAAGUUACUGUGAGGGUGGCUUGUCAGCGGAGGAGGAAGUUGCGGAUUUGUGUGGAACAGGUGGCGCAAUGAUUCAGACAGCGGGAGAGGAUGACAUGGAUCCGUCGUCUCUCGAGUUGGAAAGCCUGAACAUGCAGCAACCGUCUGCUUCUAUCCCAACACCUCAAAGAGGGACCCACCUACAGCACAGAGAGUCUGAUAUUGUUCUUGAUGCAGGUCCCUGCAGCUUAGAUCAAACACAAUUAGAAAUUUGUGGAUCGUCACCAAAUGACAAAGAGAAAUACUCACAAAAGGAAUUGAGCUUGAAAAUGCAGAGAAAUCUUGCCGAUGCAAUGGAGGACAUCAACUUUGGUUCUGACUUAGACAACUUUGAUGUAUCAACCGGAUUGCCAUCAGCUUCUUCGCUUACAGUGACACCUGCUCCUGGUCCCUCUUUUCAUUCGUCGUCAGCUCCUCAUCAUGCAAUGCCCAGUCCUCCAAGGAGCAGCAGGAGGACGGAUACAGACUCAAUGUUAAAGUGACGUUUGUGUCCAUAUAAUCGAGAAAGUCAUUGUUUAUAGGAAGAUCUUGUGUUUGGACUGAGAAUUGGGCCUUUUGCUUGUUCAAACAUUGCUCUGUACAAAAGUUAAGGAUCUACAAUAAGGAAAGUACAUUUUGUUUCAUAACAAACAUUGAAAUGUAGAUCAUUUGGUUUGUGAUUGUUUUCUAACAAUUAAUAUUACAUAAUUAGAACUUAAUCAACGUUCUAUAAAUACUCUUUCACCUUUAACCAUCACCAACAGGUGUACAGUAUUGAACGUUUAUAUCACUGAAAAAUGUGUGGAUGAGUAGAGACAACUGCUGUAAUACGAUGACAACAGGCUGAAAU